AUGCACUAUGUUGAGGAUUUCCUUGAAUUGGUGGACGGGCAACCGGAGGCGGUGGAUCGCUGCUACGACCAUCUACACCGGCUAGACCUCGAAUGCACAAAAAAACAAGCCCGCGUGCUCGCCCUCACCGAGCAACUGAAGGACAAGACCAACACGGACAAGGCGGUCAAGCUGAAGCUGUGCUCCGAAGUGGGCGAGACCUAUCUACAACUGAAGCAGUUGACCAGGCAGAAGAUUGAGGCGGCUGAGCGGGCCGAGAAUAUAAUCAGAACGCUCGCGGAUAAGGUGAUUAAAGACGAGAUGCAAUUCAAGUGGGACCUCGAAGCGGAAAACCCCGGGUGCACGGAGUCUAUUGAGCGCAAUUUCGUGAACUAUCUGCUCACCGAGCCGUUUCGAAGGAAGCAGCCACCCGGCCCCUCUCAAAUGGACCCAAGCCUCUUCAGCGAUCCCAUCGACCGAUUCGCGCCCUACUCGCCGAGGCCAUUCGGCCAGCGCAACCAGAUGGUCAGCAGCUCUGCCGGCCGGAAAGCCGCCAAGAAGCAGGGCACAUCGAGGGGUCGAGGCCGACCGACAAAAUACGACGAGUUCUCGUUCGACGGCGUCAAGGAGGAGGACACGGACAGCCGCGCCUCGUCCAUCAAGGAGGACGAUUCGUUGUCAAACUUAUUGGAUGACGAUCUGAAUGACCUGCACGACAUCUUCCCCCAAAUGCCAUCGCCGCCGCGCGAGAUUCUCGACAUCAUGAAGGACGACGCGUUCGGCUACGAGGAACUGGGGAUGAUGCCGCUUUCCCCGGCCGCGUCCGUGUCGGCUCCGAAGAACUAUGGCGACCGCCGAUCACGUGAGGGCUCGACAUCUUCCUACACGAGCGCCCAGCGCAAGAGCUUCAUCGCCAACGACGUCAGCAUGCACGGGCGGCCUAGAAAGCUAACGUCGCGGGUCGAGGAGAUGCUGAACGACAAGCGCGAAAAGGACCGCCGCCGGCACCACAGUCGAGACGAGGAACACUCGAUUCGCUCAAUGAUGGACGGGCGAAAUCAGUCGGAGACGGCCGGCGACGACGACGAGGAGGAGGAAGAGGAAGAAGAGGAGGAGGACGAAGAGUCGAUCUGGUGCGUGUGCAAGAAGCCCAGCGACGGCGACAUGAUAUACUGCGAAAAUGAGGAUUGUCGCAUCCAAUGGUUCCACUUCGAAUGCGUCGGCCUCAGCCAGGCCCCGAUCGGCCACUGGUUCUGCCCAGAAUGCAGCCAUGCCCGAGCCAACAAUGCCUAU